CGAGUCGAUUAUUACAUUAAGUACAUCGAAAUUGGGUUUUUCGACAAGACAUUGUUAACGAAAAAUGUUCAGCUCUUUUGAAAUAUGUGCGGCUGCGCAGUGACUACUAAAGACGGAGGACAAAUAUACACACACGAGGUCGCUAUACCUCACCAAAAUUCAGUCAAAGACUAUUAUGGUUCAGCAGCCUAUAGACAAUACACAGACACACCUACCUGUUUACAUAUGAGAUAGUUUCUGUCGAAUAACCACCAUUACAAUCAUCCGUUGGUAAUAUGAUUUUGAAUCUUAUUUUCCUGAGGGUCACGCUAUGAGAAAAUUAUCCAUCCAUCAAUUCUCCUUUCCAAACCGCUUAUUUAUCCUCUUUAGGGUCGCGGGAGUGCUGGGGCCUUUUUAUAGGUUAUAUAUAGCCUAUAUACGAAUUAUAUAAACAUGAAAAUAAUUAAUAUUUUUUUCUCAUCCGAACAUCGAAAGCACGUUCAGUUAAACAACGAAAAAAAGCAAACUCGUUUUUAAGCAGUUUUAAUGAUGUAAGGAAUUUGUGGCGUGCGCACAAAUGGGUGUGACCAAAGGGAGCUUACAGGUGCGCGCGCCCUACUUGUGAACCCAUCGCAUUUCAGCACGCAGUUAGUUCGCGAGAUGCGUUAAUAAUUGUGAAACAUUAGUUUCCAUGUGAUUCAGAUAAUUAUAUUUAAUUUCAUUUCAUUUUUAAAUCUUAUUUUUCGUGUUCUUUUUCGAGUUUUUUUGCGCAGACUGCAGAACAGCGUAUUUGGCGGUCAUUGUCAGAUAAGUACCUUUGACAGCCUCUAAUAGCUAUAACAUAAACUGUAAUUAAUGGAUCGUUUAAAGUUGGUUUUACAAUAUUUCCAGUCAAAUUCUGAGUCCAUCUCCAAUGGUAUCUGUAUAAUACUGUCACUUAUAAGCGUCAAGUUAUAUACAAGUUUUGAUUUUAACUGCCCUUGUUUACCGCAAUACAAUAAGAUGUACGCAAUGGGGGUCAUGUUCGUCCCCCCAAUCAUACUGUUCCUUUUGGGAGUGUUAGUUAAUCGUCAUACAGGGGUGCUGAUGGAAGAGUGGGUCAGACCCCUGGGCAAGAGGACAAAAAAUCCGGCAGUGGUAAAAUUUCUGCUGUCAUCAAUGAUGCAAAGGGCCCUUCUGGCCCCCAUGGUCUGGAUUCUGAUGACACUCUUGGAUGGAAAAUGUUUCAUCUGUGCAUUUAGUAUGAAUGUAGACCCUAAAUAUUUUACAGGAAUACCUAACAGCACCGGCCUAGAAUUAAUCAAGAUCAUGGCUAAGGUGCCUUGCAAAGAAGAUGUUAUCUUCGAAAACAAAAGUUUUCGGAAAGCUGUUUCACGUUAUGUGCGUUGUUACUCUCAAGCAAUAGGCUGGUCAAUCCUCCUCUUCUUUAUUUUUUUGGGUGCUGUGGGUCGCGUCAUCAAGCCUUGCUUCAAUCACGCCACUUUUCUGCAGACUCGUUACUGGAGCAAUUACCUGGACAUUGAACAAAAGCUCUUUGAUGAGACUUGUGUCCUUCAUGCCAGAGAUUUUGCCAGAAAAUGCGUGGUGCAGUUCUUUGAGAGCAUGCGAGAAGAUGUGACCGUGAGAAUGCCCCUCUCAAGUGCACUCAGACCCAGCACAAUCCGUAAUGAAUAUGAAGAGGAAGAAGAGGAGCGUCUGCAUGGUAUAACCAGACAAGAUCAGGUGGAUCAUUUGCUGCAAACAUGGUACGAGUGCAAACCAGAACUGGAUGUGACCAAGAUGGCCUAUAAGCCCAAAGUUUGUAUCACUUGGGAAGAUCACAAUGGAAAGGCAUUAUUCUCUGAUGUGUAAAAGGGAAAAGCAGAUCUUACCUCUUAAGUAAGGAUUCAUGCAAAUAAGUGACAUGCUAAUAAAGGUAUUGGAUAUUAAUAAAGAUAAUGAAAAAUGUUUUUAAAUCCUAAAAUUAUAAUGAAUUGAGGACUAAUUAACUGAUUAUUGUUAAAGGGUUAGUUCACCCAAAAAUGAAAAUUAUGUCAUUAAUUACUCACCCUCAUGUCGUUCCACACCUGUAAGACCUUCGUUCAUCUUCGGAACACAAGUUAAGAUGUUUUUGAUAAAAUCCAAUGGCUCAGUGAGGUCUGCAUUGCCAGCAAGAUAAUUAACAUGUUCAGAUGCCCAGAAAGGUACUAAAGACAUAUUUAAAACAGUUCAUGUGACUACAGUGAUUCAACCUUAAUGUUAUGAAGCUAUGAAAAUACUUUUUGUGCACCAAAAAAACAAAAUAUCAACUUUAUUCAACAAUAUCUAGUGAUGGGCGAUUUCAAAACACUGCCUUAUGAAGCUUCAAAGCUUUAUGAAUCUUUUGUUUAGAAUCAGUUCGGUUCGGAGCGUGUAUCAAACUGCCAAAGUCACGUGAACCAUUGACAUUUUGAAAUGUUUCGAAACGCUUAUGACGUAACAAAGCCUCAUUUACUGAAAUCACAUGACUUCGGCAGUUUGAUACACAUUCCGAAACACUGAUUCGAAACAAAAGGUUCAUAAAGCUUUGAAGCUUCAUGAAACUAACCCUUUGGUUCAGAGGCAAAAGCUUGCAUGCUGUUGCAUAUGUCUUCAUCAAUUUUGCAAAGGGCCCUUCAGGCCCCUAGUCUGGAUUCUAAUGUUAUUGCUGGAUGGAGAAUGUUUCAUCUGCAUAUGAAUGUAGAACCCAAACAUUUUUAACUGUAUAAUGUUACUGUCAGAUUAUUGUCAAUUCAGAAAGCUUUGUUUUAACCUUCUUCAAGAGCUUGCAUGCUGGUGCAUUUGAAUAUGCUGGGAUUUAGUUUGUGUAAUUUUGCAUGUCUCUUUCCCCACACAUUACACAACAACCUCAUGGAUAUGGCUUGGAUGCAAAUGACUACAGAACCUUGGCAACACCUGAAAAAAAAUUGUAUUGUUUAUGUAUUUGUCAGUAUGUAUUGUAUAUGUGUAUCUAUUAAUAGUAUAAAUUAAUAAAAAUGUUUAUUUUAGCUGUG